AUGCCCUCGAUGCUGUACGUGGAGGACAAAGUCACAGUCGAAGACUUGAGGCUUCUACGUUCGCGUGUCCAGGCUCGCGUGCCGUCUGAAAUCCCAGCGUUGGAUCAUGUCCUACGAAUUUAUGGCAAGAAGACGAGGGUUGCUCAGUGGAAUCAUGACAAUUUGCGCGAUCUACAGGCUCCCAUCGUCAUCGCGCUUGCGUCCAAUGAAGGCGCCGCCAUUGCAAAGACCAUGCAUGCAACCUCGGAGGAAGCUGGCAACCCUCAUGCCUCGCUUCCGCUCGCGAUCGGGAGCCGUGUCAUGCUCAGAGGGAAUAUCCGGAUUGAGUGUGGUCCCGUGAAUGGCGCGUUAGGCACUGUGAGGGACAUUGUGUGGAACUCUGGUGUUCACUGGCAGGCACGGGAAGCCCCAGUUGCUGUUCUGGUGUGCUUUGACCACUACAGCGGACCUGCGGGCAGCUUCGCUACUGGAAACCAUGGAGAUUUCUUGAUCCCAAUCUUUCGGUCCAGGUGCGAGUUCUAUCGCGGUCCCGCCAUGUGUGCUCGAACACAGUUUCCGAUCACGACUGCAGUUCACAAGGCACAGGACAUCACAGUGAUUAAAGCAGUUAUGGAUAUAACGCGGGCAGCAUCGCAACUCAAUGGGAAACAUCUCGGAUAG